AUGGGUUUCGCACCAAGAGGUCGUGGCGGCGCCGGUGGUGGUGGCUUCCGCGGUGGACGUGGAGGCGGCGGUGACCGCGGAGGUCGUGGUGGUUCUCGCGGCGGCUUUGGCGCCCCGCGAGGUGGCGGCCGAGGAGGCUUUGGAGGUGGCCGUGGCCGCGGUGGUCCCCCAGGCCGCGGAGGACGUGGAGGUCCCCCUGGCCGUGGCGGUCGCGGUGGUGCCAGAGGAGGUGCCCGCGGCGGCGCCAAGGUCGUUGUUGAGCCCCACCGUCACGAGGGUGUCUUCGUCUCCAGAGGCAAGGAGGACCACCUGCUCACCCGAAGCGUUGCCCCCGGUCUCGAGGUCUACGGCGAGAAGCGCAUCAGCGUUGACAGCACCGACAAGGGCGAGGAUGGCGCCCCCGUGUCUACCAAGGUUGAGUACCGUGUGUGGAACCCCUUCCGUAGCAAGCUGGCCGCUGGCAUUAUUGGUGGUAUCGACAACAUCUACAUGAAGCCUGGUUCCAAGGUCCUCUACCUUGGUGCCGCCUCUGGCACUUCGGUCUCCCACGUGGCUGAUCUCGUCGGUCCUACCGGCAACGUUUACGCUGUCGAGUUCUCUCACCGAUCCGGUCGUGAUUUGGUCAACAUGGCCCAGAACCGCACCAACGUCAUCCCCAUUGUCGAGGACGCCCGUCACCCCAUGAAGUACCGAAUGCUCGUCCCCAUGGUCGACUGUAUCUUUGCCGACGUUGCCCAGCCUGACCAGGCUCGUAUCGUUGCCCUCAACGCCCACUUGUUCCUGAAGAUUGGUGGAGGUGUCGUCAUCUCGAUAAAGGCCAACUGUAUCGACAGUACAGCUCCCGCUGAGGCUGUCUUCGCACAGGAGGUCCAGAAGCUGAGGGCAGAGCGCAUCAAGCCGCAAGAGCAGCUUACCCUGGAACCCUACGAAAGAGAUCACUGUAUUGUCAUUGGACAAUACCAGGAGGCAAAGUAA